GAGAGAGAGAGAGAGAGAGAGAGAGAGAGAGAGCGCGCGGGCGAGCGAGCGACACCGGUGUACGUCUAGAAUACACAUGUGCAAAAAUACGCUGGUUUUGACAGAGCAGAGGCUGGCAUCUGCGCACCACUUCACCACGGAGGGACUCAAAUAAUUAUUCUUCAGAAGAUAAUUCUCUAGUUUCGUAGAAGAUUUUCAAGAGUGAGCCUUUCUACAGACGGAGAAUGACCUAGAAGCCACCACUGCUGAGCCCAGCAGAGCAGGAUAUCAUUCUUGUGUGUGUAAGCAACAAGGUGUGUGACAGCAAACAGGGCUCCAGCUGCACCCGGGUCAAUCUGUCAAACAUGGAGGGCCACGUCACACUGCUGCCCCCCUUGCUGCUGCUCCUCUGUAGCCUGUCAGGGGUGUGGGGGUUCCCCUUCGGCCCCGUCCUUGACAUGGACGUCACCCCCAGGACCACAGUGUUCUCCCAAGGCCUGUUAGGUUGCCAGCGUUUCAGCAGCCCAUCUCAAAACUACAGCACACUACUACUGGAGGAGGACAAUGGGGUGCUAUACGUGGGGGCUAGGGGGGCUCUCUAUGCCCUGGACACCACCAACAUCUCCACUCCUGGCAACCUCACGAUUGACUGGGAAGCUUCGGCCGAGCAGAUGAAGCAGUGUCUCAACAAAGGAAAAGACAAUCAGACUGAGUGUUACAAUCACAUCCGCGUCCUACAGAGGUACAAUGAGACUCACCUGUACGUCUGUGGCACGCACGCCUUCAGGCCCCUCUGUGCUUACAUAGAUGUGGAGCGCUUCAGUUUCUCCUCUAGCUUCGAGGAGGGCAGGGACAGGUGUCCCUACGACCCAGCCAAGGGCUACACCAGCCUCCUUGUGGACGGUGAGAUGUUCUCAGCGACCCAGUAUGAGUUCCGCAGCUCUCCGGACGUUCGGCGGAACUUCCCCUUCCCCACUCUGAGGACAGAGGAGGCCCCGACCAGGUGGCUGCUGGAGGCGGACUUUGUGGGCUCGGCGCUGCUGAAGGAGAGUGUCAACAGCUCGCUCGGCGACGACGACAAGAUCUACUUCUUCUUCACGGAGAGGAGCCAGGAGCAGAUGGCCUACCCAAGCCAGACCAGGGUGGCACGGGUUGCCCGCGUCUGCAAGGGUGACUGGGGGGGCCUGAGGACCUUGCAGAGGAAGUGGACGUCCUUCCUGAAGGCUAGACUGGUGUGCUCCGUUCCUGACUACGAGCUCCACCUGAAUGUGCUGCGUAGCGUCUUCGUACUGGAGGGCCCAGACGUACACAGCACUGUCUUCUACGGGAUCUUUGGCCUGGAAUGGAAAAAUGUCAAGGUGUCUGCGGUGUGCCAGUACUCCUUCACAGAUAUUCAGAGGGCCUUCGAGGGGCCUUACAUGGAGGUGCAGGAUUCCAAAUGGAGGGAAUAUAGAGGGAAGGUUCCGGUACCAAGACCUGGCUCGUGUAUCACAAACAUACACCGGUCCCAAGGCAUCAACUCGUCCCGUGACCUCCCAGACAACGUGUUGACCUUUGCGAGGCGCCACCCCCUGAUGUCUACACAGGUCCAUCCCAUAGGAGGGCGCCCCCUACUAUUCAAGAGAAGUGUCAAUUACGUCAAGAUGGCCGUGCACCGGGUGGCAGCUCUGGACAGACACAUAUACACCGUGCUCUUCUUGGGAACUGACGAGGGCUGGCUACACAGGGCUGUGGAGGUCGGAGGUCAAAUGCACAUCAUAGAGGAGCUGCAGCUUUUUGAGAACCCUCAGCCUGUAGACAGCAUGGUCAUCUCCCAGACACAGGGAAGUGUCUAUGUGGGCUCCAACUCUGCAGUGCUCCAGGUCCCCUUGUCCUCCUGCCAGCGCUACACGUCCUGUUUCGACUGUGUGUUUGCCCGGGACCCCUACUGUGGCUGGGACGGGGCGCUGUGUGUGGAAAUAUCCUCACGCACAAACAGCUCCAAUCUAACCCAGGAUAUACAGAAAGGCAACAGAGGCUGUGACAACAGCACAGGAGCUGUAGUCCACCGCAGGCGUACGGUGAUGUCUGGGGAUGACAUCCUCCUCCAGUGCGAGCUGCGCUCCAACCUGGCCAUGCCCCACUGGACCCUGGAUGGGCACGAGCUCCAGGGCUAUGACCUCGACUCGGGCCACCGCGUGGGCACCGAUGGCCUGCUCCUCAUAGGCGCCCGGGCCGACCAGAGUGGAGACUACCACUGCUACGCCGUGGAGAACGACGUGUGGGUGCCAGUGAGGCUGUACACGGUGAAGGUGCACCCUGACCUGCCCUUCCCUGUGGGGCCAACAGUCACGACGAACACUUUAUCAACCACCGCCACUACUGCCCCACCAAGCACUUUUCUUACCCCCAGCACCCCCACCGAGCAGCCCCUGCCCUCCCCACCUGCUCCCCUCCCCUUUGGACCCGAGUUCCAGACCUACAGGCACAUGGAGGCCAUGUACAUCUCCCUGGUGGCUGUGCUGGGCGGGCUGUGCCUGGUGCUGACCAUAGUGUUGCUCUACGUCAGCUUCUGCAAACGAGGGCCCUACCAGGGCCGCAAGUACUCCCAGGUGGGGCUACCCGAGUCAGGGGCCGCAGCCGAGAGGAAGAAGAGCUCCCACUCUCAUCUGGAGCUCAAGACCAUGUCCAUCAACUGCAACGGCAGGCAGGACAGCAAGCGCGGACGCCGCUCCCUGUCGGCUUCUAACGUAGACGAAGUGGGUGACGGCUUCCUUCAGAUUGUGCCUGGGGGAGGGUCUCCGGGAAAAUCGCCGCCCCCCGCCCCACCUCUCCCAAUGCCGCCGCCCCUGCCUUCCUCGGCGUACGCAUCGUCAGAGUACGCCAACGGGAUGUCGGCCACGUUACCCAGUGUCCUUCGCAAGAUGAACGGCAACAGUUACGUGCUGCUGAGGCAGACGGCGGACCCCGAAGGGAGCACGUCUCCCCUUUACCACUCGUUCACCGAAGAGCUCAACCGCAUCCUAGAGAAGAGGAAGCACACACAAAUGGAUCCCCAGCUGCCAGAUGAGAGCUCUGUCUAGCCCCACCCCCUCACUUUCCCAUUGAUCUGUUUAUUGGUUUAACCCAACUACCCCAGAGUGCCCCCAAGAGGCAGGGAGGUCGAACUUUUGUAUUAUACUGCUGCUCCUUACCCAGUGUCAAAGCAACUUGUGGGAGUAUCCAUCCCUAAAACUCCAUGUGCAGCUUCCUGUGACUCGAGACGAGUGGUCCACGUAAUUUCCCUCCUGAACACUGGAGUAAAGAAGACAUUCUGACUUUGACCAAACUGGAGCAGUCAUUGAUGUAGUCAUGGUAACCAUUUUGGACACACAUUGUACUAUUACAUGGACCCUUUGAUUGACUUUCAAGGACUUAAGGUCACAUACAUGAUACAUACACAAGUUAGUUACAAUCCUACCUCAGAUCCUUACCCUAUUGGGGAAGUAGGGUCAGUGAUGGUCUGGUCAGCAGGCACACUGACAGCGAGUGCUGUGCCGUAUCGUCGGACACGGGACGAUGAGAGCCCAGGUCAUAUGACCAACGACCAUGGAGUGAGAUGGUGAUGCACGUAAGACUGUGAGGAACUACCAAAUCCGGUAUGAACAUUAUAGACCAUCGUCUAAACUAUUGAGUUCGGAGAACAAUGGGUACAGUAGUUUAGUGCCAUACACGUCUAAGAUGGCUGUUAUUGACCCAGGCCUAACAGAACUUCAUAUGAGAGCAAAUAUGGUUGGACAAGUAAUACAUUGCAGUCAUAACUUAAUACCACACACUUAUCUUCAUUUUCUUUUGUGCUUUAUGUAAAUAGCAAUAGUAUCGCUGUGGCAGCCAUCAGUAGCAACAAUGACAGUUGAAAUGGUUGCGCCGAAACCAAAUUGAAAUGGAACUUUUUAGCAUCUUUGUGUUGUUAGCGUCGGAUUGUGUCAAAGGGGGAAAACAGCAGUAUGGAUAGACGGCAGGUUUUAUCUAAACGUGGCGGGAUGAAGACUAUCAUUAAAGAAUGAAGACAAUCUUUAAUGACUGAUCUCUGGUCAGAUUGAUCAGAGAAACUGACUGGUGAUAAUGAUGAUGAUUGCCAGAGAUGUGUGAGCCCAACAGGAGACCAGAAGGCAAAGAUAUGCAAGAAGCCAGAUCACAUUGAUCUCCGAAGAGAUGGAGAAGAUGGAUGGAAGAAGGAGUGUGUGAGGAACCCUGAUGAUCUGAGCCAAUGACUGCUCAAAAUACACAGAAGGACAAUCAGCACGUGAAAUCUCCAAUGGCAGGGGACUUGGAUAUGGUUAUUGUAGUGUACUUACUACUUACGGUCAAUUGGAAAAUAUGCUGGCUACUACAGUCAAAUUACGCACCUCCAGUAUAUACUGUAUGCCCCCAUAAACAUUGUGGAACACUUAUUUCAACAAACAUACUCGCUCACGUCAUACUGUACAGACAUGACAACAUUCAAAUGGAGGUUUAGACAAAGGCCCAGUGCAGCCGUUUUUAUCUCAAUAUCAAAUAAUUUCUAGGUAACAAUGAAGUACCUUACUGUGACAAAAAUAGCUUCUUAGCAAAGGGCAAUUUCUCAAGCAAGAAUGUUGCUAUGACUGUCUGGGAGUGGUCUAAGUGGGGAGGGGGAAACUAGCUGAAAACUAGCUGAUAUUGGCAGAGAGGUUUGGAACUCUUUCCUAUUGGUCUAGUAACUAUGAUGUCACCAGACAGGCCAAAACUCCAUCCCACUAAAAAAGGCUGAAAACUCAGGCAGGCUUUUCAAACAGCUCUUACACUAAAAAGGGAAGGAUCAUCAAUGUCACAGUAUUAUUCCAACCUCAGUGUGAAAAUACAGUAUAAAUAAAACAGAAAAAUCGAAUUUUUGACUGCACUGGGCCUUUAACUCCACAUCACCUACAGAAUACAUUUGAGUUAACAUUGACUAAAUGAUUCAUUUGCGUUAUACCUCUUGCGAGGAAUUUUCUUGCUCUGUACAUAAGGAGAUUUAGUAUACUCUUGUAAAGUGUUACAUCAAUGUGUUACAUACAUGUUAUGUGUUGUUUUCAGGUUUUCUGGCUCGGUGUAGAUAUGACUACUACUUCACAAUCUACUUAGUAUUUUAUCAGCCAUGUAAUUGGCCAUGUCAUUCGUAAUUAUUUGGCCAGCAUUGCACUUGAGGAGAAAAUACAAUUAUCAUACAAGUACCAGUCAAAAGUUUGGACACACCUACUCAUUCCAGGGUUUUUCUUUAUUUUGACUAUUUUCUACAUUGUAAAAUAGUAGUGAAGACAUCAAAAGUAUGAAAUAACACAUAUAGAAUCAUGGUAACCAAAAACAGUGUUAAACAAAUCAAAAUAUAUUUUAUAUUUGAGAUUCUUCAAAGUAGCCACCCUUUGCCUUGAUGACAGCUUUGCACACGCUUGGCAUUCUCUCAACCAGCUUCAUGAGGCAGUCACCUGGAAUGCAUUUCAAUUAACAGGUGUGCCAUGUUAAAAGUUAAUUUAGGCCUCCCGAGUGGCGCAGUGGUCUAGUGCCACUAGAGAUUCUGGGUUCGAGUCCAGGCUCUGUCACAACCGGCCGCGACCGGGAGACCCAUGGGGCAGCGCACAAUUGACCCAGCAUCAUCCGGUUUAGGGGAGAGUUUGGCUGAGAGGGAUGUCCUUGUACCAUCGUGCACUAGUGACUCCUGUGGCGGGCCAGGCGCAGUGCACGCUGACAUGGUCGCAAGGUGUACGGUGUUUCCUCUGACACAAGGGUACGGCUGGCUUCCGAGUUAAGUGGACAUUGUGUGCAGUGCGGCUUGGUUGGGCUGUGUUUCGGAGGAAGCAGGGCUCUUGACCUUCGCCUCCAUACAGGAGUUGCAGCGAUGAGACAAGACUGUAACUACCAAUUGGAUACCAUGAUAUUGGGGAGAAAAGGGGUUAAAAACCACAGAGUGAAGGAAAAGCAGCCAACAAGUGCUCAGCAUAUGUGGGAACUCCCUCAAGACUGUUGGAAAAGCAUUCCAGGUGAAGCUGGUUGAGAGAAUGCCAAUAGUGUGCAAAGCUGUCAUUAAGGCAAAGGGUGGCUACAUUGAAGAAUCUCAAAUCUAUUUUAAUUUGUUUAACACUUUUUUGGUUACUACAUGUGUUUUUAGUUACUUCCAUGUGUUAUUUCAUAGUUUUGGUGUCUUUAAUAUUAUUCUACAAUGUAGAAAAUAGUACAAAUAAAGAAAAACCCUUGAAUGAGUAGGAAUGUCCAACCUUUUGAAUGGUACUGUAUGUUGUAACUGUUUUGUGCAACUACCCAUAAAGGAUAAAAACACUAUUUUGCAUCAGACUGACUGGAAAUAAUCCUGUGUGUCAAUGCCCAAAGGCGAAGUCAGUACAGUACAGCAUUAUGCAAAACAUGUUCCAACAGCGUCCUUUUGUCUCGACAGCAUGAUACCCAAUAGUAUUGCUGUUGGGUGAUGAUGAUAAUCAAAGCCUUGGUCAUGUUCAUUAGGACACGCAAUGGAAAACGUUUUAUACAAUGCAAAGACCAGUAGUCCCUCCCUAUUUUAGUCUGUUUUGGAACCUAAUGAACACGACCCUGUUUUCUCCACAGACCGCUCAACAUAUCAUAGUGAGUAAUUCACACAUAUGAUUGUGACAGGGUAUGGGGGUACAGCACAGGCUGAAAGACUGGUGGGAAAAAAGGCAAGUCUGAGUGGCGGUCUAGGGCCGUAACUAAGCAACAGCAAUCUUUAUUUAGAGCUUUUACACCCAUAGAGUCAGUCAAGCUCUGACAGUUCUCAUUGGGGGGUAAAAAUGUGAUUUGAGAACUCUACUCUGGUCAGUCUCUGCUGCCUGUAAUCGGUGUGUGAUAAAUAAUUAGCUAUGUUAAUACUAGUGGCAACCCAACUCCAAUCAAUAGAAAAAACAGCAGUCUGUUCAGUAGAUGUUCUUAGGAUAACAGACUGUUAGCAUUUUUCCCAACUUAAAUAACUAGUAUGAAGUGGAUUCUAUUAAGGUUAACUCCUGUUUUAAGUCCACCCUACAUUCUGACAGGUAACCGUUAAAAAACAUACCCGAAUGAAGAGGCACAAUUUUACAUUUUAUUAAUUGUUUAAACUAUAAUCUAGAACACUGACUUCACAGCCGGAAAAUGUAAUGCCAUCCUCUUUGGUCACCAAACAAAUUGAGAACACAUGACCACAUGACUGUAAUUGCUUUGCAGUCACAGGUGCACUUCCUCUUCCCUUCCACACUCAUGACUCACGCACCCUUUGCAUUUUACACAAUCAACCUUCGGAUUAUACUAUUUCCUUUCCUGUGACCAGUCACACGCAACCUGUCUGGAACUCAUCCAUCAAGUUCAACCAGAAAUCCUAUCUGACCACUUCUUUUACAGCACCACCCACAGCUAUGUUUUCAUCGGCAGACAAUCAACAGAGUUCAUACAAGACAUGCUUACAGUCAAGUCGUUGGGAACAUUCCCUGUUCUCUUAUUGAUGGGUAGCUGAUAGAGACGUUCAAGAGCCAUAUGUUUCUGGGUCAUUCCACAAUGUUUAGAUGGUUUUGGAGAUUGGCAGACAUCUUGUAAGUUGAGAUUCUGUCUGAACUGUGGUGUAAUGGCAACUUGAAACACUGCUGUUGGUGUAAAUGAGUACAUCUGCUACAUGCCAUGGAAAAUAAACAUCUCUACAAUGUGUCUAA